AUGCAGCCCCCUCCUCAGACAGCCCCCCCAGGGGUCGGAGGCCCCCCUCCUCUUGCUCCCUCCUGGAACAUGCAUUGGCGAAAUGGCCCCUACGGCAGGCGGGUCAACGCUCCCACCUCUGCCGCAGGAGCGGCAGCGGCUGGACCUGUGCAACCUGUGACAGACCCCUUUGCCUUUGGCAAACAAGGCCCCCGGGGCUCCCCACUGAGCAGCGCCCCCCAAGGAGACCCAGCACCUGCCAGAGGCUCUUCUUCAUCGGCUUUCCCUCCACCGGCUGCUCCCCUUCACCUGUCCUCUGGGAACCUUCCUCACGCGCCGACUCCACCGUUAACAUCUGUCUCAGCCUCCCAGUCAGGGGCCGGCAGCUCACUUCCCGCGUCCACAGCCUCCAUGUCGACCUUCCCCAAAGGGGUAACCAACAGCAGCACCGAAAUGCAUCAAAGCGCAGAGCAUGGCCCACCACGCCACACGGUGGAGCAGCCUCAGCCCAUGAGGAUUGCCCCUGAAAAUCCUCUUUCGGCUUCCGUCCCGGGCAGGCUGUCGGGUGGGCCUGAUGUGAGUAGGAAUCCAGGCAACCCCGGUGCAGUCCCAUCACCAUUGCCGGCCUUCUCCCUCCUCCAGCAGGCGGUGCCUCAGUGGAUGCCUCCCCAAAGUUCUUCUUAUUUGCCUUACCCAGAGCCCCUGUCCCGAAAUGCCUUUGGGAGUGCUGCGCAUUCCAGCCUCUCUGUUUCCCAUCCGGGCCCCCAGCUGGAUCGCCACCCAACUCCCCCUCAGCAGCCUGGGCUCCCCGGCGUCCCCCAGGCGCCCUUCAUGCUUGCCGAGGCCUCCGGUGUGACUCUGCCCCCCAGUAGCGCUUGGCAGGGCCCCCGGGGCACCAACGCUUGGGCCGGCCAGCUCCCCCAAGAACACUUUUACUUGCAGCCCCUGGAAGCGACUUAUCCUUCGGGCCACCCGACCUCUCAGGAAAACAUCGGCCACGCCCAGGGGGUCUCUGAGGCAGGGAGUCGGCCGUGCCCGGAUGAGGCAGAUUCAGGGACGAUCUCCAUGUUCUUCAAGGGGGACGAGGCUGAGAACGAGGAGAUCCUUUCCUUGGAGAACAGCGGCCACGCUGCCCGAGCGGACGCGGAUGCCUUCCACCAGACGAUGGGCCACACGUAUUACCAGCCUUUGCACGACCACCAAGGGCCACCAGCUCAUUUUCCGCCAGCCCAGGUGAAUGCAGCUAUGGCGGCGGAGGCAGCCCCCAAGGAGGCGGACGCCCAGCGUUUCCCUAGAGUGGCAGUCGUUCAGCAGGCCAGCGAGAAGGCGCCCUUCCUUGGAGAGGAUAGAGCCAGCCUCGUUCAGCAAGCGGGAAGCUGCUCGGCCAGCGGGCUGUACGAAAGUGUGGAAAACCAGGAGUGCGUUCAGAACCAGGAAGUCUUGCCGAGGGAGCCUCCGUCGCAGAGCUGUUCCUCCCCGGCGGCAGCCUCGGAUUCCAGCCGGUACGCCUCUCUGGCCCCGCUGCUCCCCAAGAACCAGGCCGGGGGGAGCCAUCUGGAAGGAGGACCCAACCUGGAGGCCCCCAGCGGGUUCCCACGGCCCGUCCGGCCCGACAGCGUCUCUUCUAACUACAGCAACUUGAGCCCCAGGAGCGCGGCUGGCCUUGCCCGGCCUCAAGAGCUGGGCACGUUCAUUCAGCAGGAGAGCGGGAAGCCCGAGCAGGAGGCCUCCCGCUGCUUUUUUAAGCAGAUUGACUCCUCUCCGCUAGGAGCAGCAGAAGUGAGGGCGCAGGAGCCUGGCAAGAAUUACCACAGCCCCCCCUCCCAGGCGCCGACGCCUAGCCCCCCCAAGCCCAUGGGAGUGUUUCAGACCAGUGUCAACAGCUGCUUUGAGCCAGUGAGGUCCCACAGCCUGGGCAUGAAGCCCCCCGAAACCGAUCAGGCAAAGGUGGUGGCCGAGCUGAGAGAGGACCGUCCCAGCCACAGGGCUGCCCAGAGAAGCGCUGCGGUUUCCGUGGCCUCCCCGGGGAAUCUGGAGCAGCCUCCCGACAAUCUGGAAACCCUCUUCCUGCCCCCCGCCCACUCCGUGCCCCUCUCCCUUGGGGGCAGGAGUGGAAGCCCCCGGCAGCCUGCCAGUGGGGCCGGGGUGGAGAAGAGAGCCACCACCAGAGCUCAGGGACUGGGAAAGAAGUGCGAGAGUCCAGCCACCACCCUCUGGGCGCACAACGAACUGCCCAGUUUCGGGGGCAACGUGCUCCUUGCCCCUGCCGCCCCUGCGGUGUACGUCCCGGCUAAGCCAUCCCCGCGGGUGGUUCAGCCCCCGGAGGGAGCGUUGCCGAGCAAGCCGGGGUCCCGCGCCGGAAGCCUCCCCUCUGAGAAUUUGGAAAACCCUCCCCAGCUGGGGGACGACGAGGCCGUUUGCUCUCAGGGGAGUCUGGGUUACGCCAGCCUCCUUUCCUCCCCCCCGACGGAGGCGCUUCAGAACCAGCCGGUCCUGCUUGCCCCGCCGAGUCAGAUUGGCGGCUUGGCCCCGCCCGCCGGUUCCUCUCUUGCCCUUCAGCUGGGCCAGCCUGAAAAGAAGCCCUCGGCCAAGGCCCCGGGCACGAACGGGGGCCCCCUGCUUGGGAAGAACAGCGGCUGCACGGAGAGCCUGGCUGGUGGCCCAGUUCACUCAAACGCUAGUUUCUUCCACAGCCCACUUGGCACAGCCGAAACGGCUGCCCCCAAACCGCUGGUUCAGUCUGCCCCCCUUAACUUAGCUAGGGAAGGCCCCCAGCCCCCCGCCACAGAAGGGCUGCCUUCAGAGAGUGCUGGCCAGCCGGCUGCCAGUCUUCCUGUCUCCCACGCCGCUGGCCUGGCUCCACUCGGGGGGCCCAGCAGUAGCCUGCCUGGCUGGCCUCAGAACGCCUCCAAUUGCCCAGAGCUUUCCAGAGCGCUGGAUCUGGCUGGAGCAAAGCCUCAAGAGCAGAGCAGGGCCGGGGCUGGCCCUCAAGGGUUCGGCCAGCCACUUUGGGGCAGCCAGGGCUUUCCUCUGGCGGCCGGACCGGCUGGCCCUGGCGAGGCCCAAGCUCGAGGCCUGCAGCAGUUCUACCAGCAGGUCACCAAGCAGUCGGGGCCCAUGGUGCCCUCGGAGCGAGGCAUACCUUUGGGGCAGGGCCCAGCAGCUCCUCAGCACCCUUCCCUUUCCCCCAACCUCCAGACGCCUCUGGGGAACCCUCAUGCUCGGGGGCCGAGUCCCAGGCCUUGCUCCGGCGCUCUCUUGGAAGGCAGUUCAGCCCCGCCCCUGCCCAGCCAUCCUCAGGCCAGCACCGACUUCAGGCAGGAUCCCCGCCUCCCCCCCGGCGUUGGGCCUUCUCCUGGAUCAACGGCCACAAGCGUCCCCCCACCUGCUCGCCCCCCCUCGCGCCACGAGGAGCAGUACCCUCCUUCGCAGAACCCCCAGAAUGCCUACGGCCUGCCCCCCAACUCCUCCUACUACUACUACCGGCAGCCAUAUGACGGCUACUCCUACCCCCCAGUGGAUCCGAGGGCUGCUCACCUCAACUACCAGACCUUUUUGUCUCUCUCGGAGGAUGCUUACGGCCAGUACAGCGCGUCCUACACCCAGUACGACCAGGCGGCUGCCUAUCGAGACUGGUACUCUGAACCUGAGCGCCCCAGUUCGAGAGCCAGCCACACUUCGGAGAGGCCGCGCUCACGACAAGAUUAUCCCGAUGACUAUUACACCACCAAAAGCGGAUGGAACGGCUACUAUGGAGACUAUUACUCAAAUCUGUAUGAUAACGGAGAUCGUUACCCUUCAAACUAUGACGCCAGGUUCCGAGAUCCUCGGUUUUAUGACCAGAGGUAUUGGUACAACACGGAUCACAACCUUUACCCAAAGAAGGAACCCUCUCAGCGUGGAAGCAGUCAUGAGCGGUAUGAAGACCACUGGCGAUAUGACCCUCGGUUUGUGAGCAGCUUUGAUGAGGACCUGGAGCCGCGCAGGGAUCCGUACGGGGAUGACAGUGACUGGCGCAGUGUCCACAGUGAGCAUUCAGGACACAGCCUGCACAGCUCCCGCAGCCGCCAAAGCAGCUUCAGCUCCCGUUCCCAGCAAAGCCAGCGGUAUCGAAGCAAUCACGACCUGAGCGUUAACGCCUAUGACGGUGACCCUCAGCCACCCUCAGUCCAUGCAGACUAUUCCUCUGGGGGAUACUACAUCAACCAGCCACCUUUGAGCAACUACGAUCCCUUAGCCCAAAUGUCUUGGGCAGGGGUAGAGCAAGCCCCUUCCAGACCUUUGACCCCCGAGAAGUUCUCCGUGCCCCACGUGUGUGCAAAAUUUGGGCCUGGGGGCCAGCUGAUAAAAGUGCUCCCCAACCUUCCCUCCGAAGGGCAGCCGGCCUUGGUCGAGAUGCACAGCUUGGAGAUGGUCAUGCAACACUCUUCAGAGCAAGAAGAGAUGAGAGCUUUUCCCGGUCCUCUCACCAAAGACGACACCCACAAAGUGGACGUUAUUAAUUUUGCCCAGAAUAAGGCCACCCGCUGCUCUCAGAACGACGCCCUGAUUGACAAGGAAUCUGCUCGGCUUCUCUGGGACUUUGUCGUCCUCCUGUGCAGGCAAAAUGGGACAGUGGUGGGCACGGAUAUAGCCGAGCUGCUGCUCCAGGAUCAUAAGACGGUGUGGCUGCCUGGGAAGUCGCCCAACGAGGCCAACCUGAUCGACUUCACCAGUGAGGCCGUAGAGCAGGUGGCUGAAGAGAGCGGAGAAGCCCAGCUGUCCUUCCUGACGGACAGCCUCCUCGCCACCAUCGACAGCCUGGAGAAGGAGACGGAGCGCUUCCGAGAGCUCCUGCUUUACGGACGCAAAAAGGAUGCUCUGGAAUCUGCCAUGAAACACGGGCUUUGGGGCCAUGCGUUGUUGCUUGCCAGUAAAAUGGACAGCAGGACACAUGCCAGAGUGAUGACCAGAUUCGCCAACAGCCUCCCAAUAAACGACCCACUGCAGACCGUCUACCAGCUGAUGUCUGGCAGGAUGCCAGCAGCCUCGACAUGUUGUGGAGAUGAGAAGUGGGGAGACUGGAGGCCUCACCUGGCUAUGGUCCUGUCCAACUUGACUAAUAACAUGGACGUCGAGUCAAGGACGAUCGUCACCAUGGGGGACACGCUGGCUUCCAAAGGCCUCUUGGACGCUGCUCACUUCUGCUACCUGAUGGCCCAAGAGGACUUUGGCGUCUACACUAAGAAGACCACAAAGCUGGUGUUGAUCGGUGCAAACCACAGCCUGCCUUUCCUGAGGUUUGCCAGCAACGAGGCGAUUCAGCGGACCGAGGCCUACGAGUACGCGCAGUCCCUGGGGACUCAGCCCUGCCCUCUGCCCAACUUCCAGGUUUUCAAGUUCAUCUACGCCUGCCGGCUGGCCGAGAUGGGACUCAUCGCACAAGCCUUUCACUACUGCGAAGUGAUUUCCAAAGCCAUCCUCACAAACCCCGGCUGCUCGUCACCGGUUCUCAUCAGCCAGGUGAUCCAGAUUUCUUCCCAAUUGCGGCUUUUUGACCCUCAGUUGAAGGAGAAGCCCGAGCAGGAAUUAUUUAUUGAGCCCAGCUGGCUAAUUCAGCUCCGACACUUAGAUGGGCAGAUUAAGGAGGGCUGCUUCAGGUACAGCGUCGGGCGCUUCACCCCCCAGCAGUAUUCCUCCAGCACGCCCAGCUCGGAGCCGGACCACGCCAGUCAGACCGAAGGCCUGGGGGGCGGCCUAGAAGUCAGCUUCAACCACCCGCAGCUGACCUCCCUGCUGCCCAACGCGGUCCAGCCCAGGCAGGGUGUCCAGCUGCUGCCUUCAGCUCCUCCUACCAUCCUGGACGGCCCACCUUCCCAACAGGAGACUGCCGGCGCUGUUCCUUACCUCCCUCCGGCGCCCUCCUCUAUGGGCCCGGGCCCGGGCUCUUUCAGCCCCUACGAAACCGAGCUGAACCCCAUGUACGGGGGGCCACCGGGUCUACCUCCCCAAGGUCCUGAGCUCCAACACAACGAGGGAACCCAGCAUGAAACAGGUUACACUUAUUACCCUGAUACCAACGGAAGAAAUGGAAACCCAGAAAACAAAGAACUACAGGCCGAUUUCCCUACUGAAUGUGGAGCAGUUCCGAAGUCCAGAGAUGAAGACUUCUAUGGGAAGAUGGCAAACAUGGGCCCAGGCCGACGAUCCCGAUCGACUUCCCAGUCUUCUUCGGCCCACAUGGGCCUGGGGCGGCGGUCUCGGACCACCUCGGAGUCCUCCGUGCAUUCCAUUGGCCGGGAGAGGCGGAAUUCGGCCGCCACGCAGCCGUCUCCGCCCCCACCCUCCAUCCCGGAGAGGAAGAAAAGCCCCAAAGAAGCGAAGAAGGAGCUGGCACCUCAAAAGAGCGGUGGCAACUGGCUUCGUUGGCUAAUGGGGAAAGGCAAAAACGAAGCUCAUCUGCCUGAGGAUAAGAACAAGUCGAUUGUUUGGGAUGAAAAGAAACAGCGGUGGAUCAACCUGGACGAACCAGAAGAGGAAACCAAACCCCCUCCGCCUCCCCCCACCGGAUUUCCUCAGGCAGUUGUUCCCCCUGGACUAGCAGGACCUCCCAACUCUUCCGUCAACAUGUUCUCCAGGAGAGCAGCGGGAAGUAAAGCUCGCUACGUGGACAUUCUGAACCCCAGCAAAGCCAAGUCCCCCGUUGCUGCUCCAGCUCCAGCUGACCUAUUUGCUCCCUUGGCCCCGAUGCCCAUCCCUGCCAACAUGUUCGUACCCAACUCAGUUCCUGAAGAGCAGACGCUGCUGGAGGGCGGAGUUGCUGAAGAUCAGGUGGCACCGGGGAACGACGCCAACCCUGAGUCGAUUGGAGAAGUUCCAUACUUAAAUUCUGCUGCGUUUCCACCUGGGCCUGACCUUCCUGCACCGAAUCCGGGGGACGCCCAGUCUGGAGAGCUUUCGCGCUCUAGUUCAAUGAGUUCAUUAUCCCGUGAAGUCAGCCAGCAUUUAAAUCAGGUACCUUGGCUGGCAUCUUCUGGAGAACCCCCAAGUGGUGCUGUCCAGCUCUACAAUCCAUCUCAGUUUGCCCAGUCUGCCGCAGCUCCGGCUAGCUCACGACCUGGCAGAUUUGGGCAGAGAAAAUACCCCACCUUAAAAUAGCAUCCAUUCGGUCUCUCAGCUUGGGCCAUCGCACAAGAGUCCCCAAAGAUGCCCUGGGGUGCCAGCGCCGUUUCUCAAAUUGAGAAUCAAUCUGGGUUGCUCCCCCACGGAGACUGUGGCCGACACGUUGAUUACCAAAUGCUCCUUUACGUAAAAACUGGCUGAGAUGGUCAAACCUCAGAGGGACCGGAGUGAUCAACCCACCGGAAUGCAGUUGAGGCUGCCUCAACCCGAAGGCCUGGGGAUCCCUCUUUCCUCCCUGGUUUUGCUGACACUUGGCUGCUCCAUCUAUGACAAGACUUCUCCCGUGACACCUUUUCACCUGACAGUUUGUGGCCUUACAGGGACUGGGGCACAGUUUUUAUGCACAUAAACCCCCCACUUGGGUUUAUUGCUCCUCUGGCACAUUGGCAGAAUUGGUGGGGAUUUCCUUUUCCUAUCGACCUUCCCUCACUCCCAAUCUUUUGGGGAGGGGACUGUAGCUGAUCCAAAUAAGCAGACAAAUGUACAUUGAAUAGGGGGACAGAAAAACGAAAACUGUGACUUGUAAUCUAAGAUUUAGUUGGAAGUGGAUUUUCUUUAGUGUAUAUGUAGUUGGCGUCUUAGGCUCCUUGUCAAACGAACUGUAGAGUCAGAAGCAGACGCUCUUUGUAUAGCGUUUCGCAUCGUUCUCCUUCUGAUAAUUCCUCUUGAAGUGCAAUAUGGCUCCUUCCCGAAACUCAGAUCCCUCAAAAUAACACCACAACAGCUCA